AUGGGCAGCGGUUACUCGCGAGUCGACAUUCCCGAGGCAGCGGGCGGCGCGGAUGCUCCGACCAAGGUGCUCGAUGCGCGUUGGGUGCGAUGCGCGUUGGGGUGCGGCGAUGCGCGAUGGGUGCUACGCGUUGUCGCAGCAGCCGACGCUCUCCCUCCUCAACCUCGCCCCGUCCGUCCGUCUCCGGGGGAGGCGGAGCAGGCGCAGCGCAAGGCGGGGGGGACGUGCGGGCGCGUGGCGCCGGAGUUCUCAGUGGGGGGCAUCGCCAUCACACAACUCGCACUCACGCCGCUGCUGCCGCCCUCCCAGCCAGCACAGCCAUCACUGCUGCCAGCAGCCGCCCCCUCCUCCUUGCCCUCUCCCUCACUUCCAAUCGCUGGGAACGUUCCCCCUCCUGGAAACAUGUCUCUGCCCGGCAACGUCCCUCUUCCUGCGAACACGUCCCUCCCUGGCAACAUGUCGCUGCCCUCCUUGACUGCCCCACUGCCCGCCAACCUCACCCUCAACACCGCUCAACUCUCUGCGACUGUUAAAGCUGCCGCCGCUGCCGCCACUCUCCCUGCCAACUCCACUCGCCCUGCCUCCCCUGCUGCUGCGGCCGCCGCCGCCGCCGCCUCUAAAUACCUCUCCCCGCUAGCCUCAUCCCCGUUAUUAACAUCUCCACUUCUUGCCAACGCGAACAUCACGAUCCACGCGCCGAGCGGCAUGACUCUACUGGGGCUGCUGGCAGCGCGGGAGGCGGAGCUAGAUGCAGAGCUGAAGGUGACGGUGGUGGCGGGCAACAGCAACCACGUGGGCAUCUCCUACGAGUAUGUCACCAUCACUGCACGCCACCUCGGCUCCGACGUCGGCAAUGCCUCGAUACCGGCGUUCCACCAGCCACCGCGCAGCAACACCACAGUGGAGGGCCACGUGCACCUCACCCGCCUGCCCCUGCACCUCCUGCCGCCGCCCUCCUCCUCGCCCCUCUCCGCCUCCACACUCUCCCGAGACGCCCUCUCUGCCCAAUCCACUCUUCCGCUACAGGUGCUCCCUACCCCUCCCUCCUUCCCUCCCUCCCUCCCUCCCUCCCUCCCUCCCUCCCUCCCUCCCUCCCUCCCUCCCUCCCUCCCUCCCUCCCCCCCUCCCUCCCCCCCUCCCUCUCCCCCUCCCUCCCUCCCUCCCUCCCUCCCUCCCUCCCUCCCUCCCUCCCUCCCUCCCUCCCUCCCUCCCUCCCUCCCUCCCCCCUCCCUCCCUCCCUCCCCCCCUCCCUCCCUCCCUCCCUCGCUCCCUCCCUCCCUCCCUCCCUCCCUCCCUCCCUCCCUCCCUCCCUCCCUCCCUCCCUCCCUCCCUCCCUCCCUCCCUCCCUCCCUCCCUCCCUCCCUCCUGCUGCUCUCACAUAGAUCUCCCCUCUGCGUGCAUGCUGAAGCUUCUCCACUCCCACUCUCACCCCGCGUUUACCCACUUCCACUCUCUAACCCGACCACCCUUUCUCUUGUUCCGCUGCAUCGUCCCUUCGUUCCAGCAUUCCUCCCUCCACGCCCGUGUGUUUGCAACGCGACCAUUUCUUCCCUCGAACACUACAUGCUGACACUACACCAUCAGCAUACCAACUCACACUACUGUGCUCCUCCUCUCUCUGCUGUAUGCUGCUCUGGCAUCCCCCCUCGCAUCUUUCGCCUGUUCUCUUCCACUCCUACAGCUGGCAAUAGAGGCGAGAGCCAACGUGGACCUCGCUUUAGUCCGCCCUCUCAGCACGCCCCUCGCGAUCUCGCAGCACCCGAAGGUCAUUCGACGCAGCAGCAGCGGCACGCGCGUGGCGCCAUGGGGGGCAGCGAGGAGCGGCGACAGAAGGGGGACGCGGGCGAGGAGCGGAUGGGGUGGCUGUCGGCUGUGGCGAUUGGCGCUAUCACUCCCGGACUCAACUCCCUGCCAUUCAUCCUGCCCCCACUCCCCAUCUCCUCGCUCUCAACAAGCCCACCCUCCCUUACGGAAACCUGUGUUCCCCCCAUCCCUCCCCCGCCCUCAGCACCCCACACGAGUGCUCAUGAACGCCAUCCUGGGCGGGCUGCUGCUCUCCACGCUGCUGCUCAUGAGCCCACCCUCUCAGCGAAUCCACCCUUUCGUAUGGCAAUUCGUUCCCACCUGCCCCCCUUGCCCCGCCCCCAGCGCCCCACGUUAGUGCUCAUGAACGUCAUUCUCGUGGGCCUGCUGCUCUCCUUCGCCGCCCUGCUGCCCGCCGCCCUCCGCUACUCCCGCCCACAUGCAGGGGACAGCAGCAGUGGCGGCAGCAGUGGCAAUGGUAGCGCAGUGGAAGGCGGCAGUGGGGGCAGCAAUGAGAUGCUGUACCACGUGCUCUUCCUGCUGCUGCUCACUCUGCUGCUCAUUGCUCUGCUCAACUGGUGGGUGUCGGGUGCUCAACUGGCCAAGCAACCCUCGACACCCCACCCUUCCCCCCCUGGCAGGUUGGCGUGGGAGGUGGGCACAGUGUCUGCCGAUUCGCAGGCACGGCAGCUGCUGGCACCUGCUGGCAGCAGCGAUGGUGCUGCUGAUGCUCACAAUGCCACUGGGGCCCCGGAUGCCGAGGGUGAUGCAAGCGGGUCGAGGGGAGUGCACGGCAAGAGGCACAAGAAGAAGCAUCAGGGCAGCAAGUGGAGCUCCAAGGGAAGACGCUGA